CGCGCCAACGCGCAGGGUACGACGCGACGCCGUCUUUCUCCAAAGAACCGGUCAGCUCAUCUCAGCUUUCUCCCAUCGUUCUUUCAGCAUCUCCCACGCAAGGAAAGUUCGGAACCGCCAUUGAAGUUUCAUUCCACGAGCUCGGGGGGCUAGGAGAGGCGCGGCGUGCGGGCUCCCUUCGAUCCUGAAAUCCUUAUUACCGUGUUGCUCGCUCCCUCAGUUCUGAACUUGCCCUGCUACGAUCUCCGACGAACCCAGCUGAGCAAUCAAUCGUUCGCAGGCUCCUCCCUUUCGCUUCUGCGAGAGAUGAUAGCUCGAUUUUCAUCCGCUUCUCUGUGUUUCUGGAUCCUCUUGAGCUGCUUUCCAGGGCAGCUGUUAUCUGCAGACGUAACACUCGAUUCAGUUUCGAUCUUUAAGACUCAUGAGUGGUUCAUAGCUAAACCCACAGUUUAUUUCCAAUGCAAAGGGGAGAACAAGACAGUGUUGCCCGAUGUGAAGGAAGCGCAUGUCAUAUACGAAUUUAAGGGUCAAGAAUCUUGGCAGCCUCUCACAAACUUUUCGAGUGAAAAAUGCAAACGAUGUGGGUUUUAUGAGGAGGACACUGUAAACUCAGAUGAUGUAUUUGAAGAGUGGGAGUUUUGUCCUUCAGACUUUUCUGGAUCUGAUGGAAGAUAUACUCGAAUCAAUGAUAAGGAAUUCAAUGCUACAUUUCAUUGUCCGGAGUGCGUACAUCUUUCCGCAGAUUCCAAUUCUGCUCCUGCUGCUCAUAAGGAAAAAAAGGGGAUGCAUGCUGCUCUCAUCAUUGCAAUAACCGUCAUUGUGUUCAUUAUUUUCAUCCUUGUUUUGGUGGCUGCUUACAAGUACUGGCUAAAGAAGAAGAGGGAGCAAGAGCAGGCUCGUUUCCUGAAACUAUUCGAAGAUGGUGAUGAUAUUGAGGAUGAACUUGAACUUGGCAAUGUAUUAUGAUCAGUCAAAAGGUCCGUUACCUUCUGUACAGUAGUUGGUAAAGGAUGAAAUUUUUCCUCUGUAUAGAUGAAGAAAACGAAAUAGAAGCCAUAAUUAUAUUUCGUGUGCCUUGUGGAA